AUGGCCCCUCAAAAUCUCCUUCUUUUCGGCGCCACCGGUCAGAUCGGCUCGUUCAUCUUGUCAGCCAUCUUGUCUGCGCGCGACCAAUUCGGCCGCAUUGUCGUCUACACAUCACCUCGCACAGCCGAGACCAAGGCAUCGGACCUCGACCCGCUCAAAGAAAAGGGCAUCGAGAUCAUUGUCGGGGAGAUUGAGGAUGGAAAGGCUGUGGAAAAGGCGUAUGAAGGAAUCAACACCGUCAUCUCCGCCCUCGGCCGCAACGCCCUAGCCCAACAAAUCCCCCUCAUCCGCCUCGCAGCCGCCUCAUCCUCAGUGAAAUGGUUCCUCCCCUCAGAGUACGGCACUGAUAUCGCGUAUGGACCACAGUCGGCGCACGAGAAACCACACCAACAGAAGCUGCGCGUACGCGCGGUAUUAGAGACUGAGAUUGCGCGCCAGGAUCUCGAAUACACGUACGUCGUGACGGGUCCAUUCGCUGAAAUGUACCUGCAUCAGACACCGGGUGUGGAGGAGGCCGGGGGGUGGGAUGUCAAGAGGCAGCGGGCUGUGUUGCUGGGGGAUGCGGGAACGGAGAAGAUUAGUUUGACGACAAUGAAGGACGUCGGAACUCUCGUUCUCUGUACAUUACUUACCGACUCCCCCGAGACGCGCAACCGCGCUCUCUGCGUCAACUCAUUCACCACCAGCCCCGCAGAGAUCCACGCCGAGUUUGAGCGCCAGACCGGCGGACAGCCGUGGGAGUCCGUAUCGCGCACGCCACUUGCAUGGCUCCGGGAGCUGGAGGCCGCGGCAUGGGAAGCCGGGAACCCCGCGGCGACGGUGUUGACACUACGCCGGAUCUGGACGGAGGGUGGCACGCUGUAUGCGCAACGGGAUAACGGGGUAAUUGGGGAGCCGGGCACGAUGGGGUUGCAGGAGGUUGUGGCGAAUGAGAUUCGUCGAGUGGGCUCGCUGUGA